UCUUCCUGGCUCUUCAGUCUUCACCCAUACAAACAACACAAACAAGUAGCCAUAGCUUGCUAUAUCUAUCGUACGUGUUUGCGCCAUGGGAGCUGCCCCAAGAGGCCUGAUCUAUGUUGUUUGCGCCAUUUUGAUCGCGAUCGCUGCCGCUGUGGACGCUGCAGAUGUUGCGUCAGUCGUUGUCGGCUUAGCCAAGUGUGCUGACUGCGGUAGGAAGAACCUGAAAGCUGAGGAUGCCUUCAAAGGUCUUCAAGUAGCCAUCAAGUGCAAGAACGACGACAACGGCGAGUACGAGAGCAAGGCCGUCGGCGAGCUCGACAGCACCGGCGCGUUCAGCAUCCCCCUCGACACCGACCUCCACAGCAGCGACUGCUUCGCGCAGCUCCACAGCGAGGAGAACACGCCGUGCCCCGGGCAGGCUCCGUCCAAGAUCAUGCCACUUUCCAAGGGCGACCACGACGGCGACGUCCAUGAGAAGAACACUUUUGUCGCCGUCGCCGGCAAGACGCACUACUCGUUGUCUACCGCGUGCACAUCGGCAUUCCUCUGUGACCCGAUCAAGGACUUCUUCGACUUCUUCCACAAGAAGCCCGAUGCUCCAGAGCCCAAGCCCAAGCCGGAGCCCAAGCCAGAACCGUCGCCGGAGUACGGUAGCGCACCACCAUCGCCGAGUACUCCGAUCUACCACUAAAAUCGUUUGCGCGUGCACACUUCGUAAUGUCGCCCUUCCCUACAACACGCUGAAGGAUGCCCACCGCCUCGGUACUGCCUCGCUGGUGGUGCUACAUCGUCAGUUGAACGACUUCCAGUUUCCUUGUUUGUUCCUGGAUGGAGAAUAAAUAUUGUGACAACUAAGUGUGUGUAUCAGAUGUUUCUUUUUUCUUUUUUUGCGAGUUGUAUCAGAUGUUUCUGUUGUGACAAUUAAGUGUGUGUAUCAGAUGUUCCUGUUUAAUGAGAUAAUAUGUAAGUGUAAACCUUUUUGGGUGCUUCCAUAUUUCUCUUCAAA